AAUUUUGCACUCUUCGACAUGACAUAGAGUAGCGAAAUCAUAUUUUAUAUUCUUAACAUUAUUUUUCUUAUAUAUAUUCUACAUAAACUCAAGUUAUUUAUAUUGGUGUAAUUGACAUUAAAAUGUCAGCGCUUUGUGUCGUCGUUUUUUAAAUGUCAAAAAAUGUACGUCGAAUCUUCCUUCAUGAACUCCAAGAAUACAUCAGGUUUUGGAGUGGAGAGUCUCGAGCGGGAAAAUGGAAACGGGCUGCGUCGAGUGUUUGUUAUGAAAAUAUUUUCAAACAGUAGAGGCAUUUAACGCAGUGUUGUGUUUUUACUUUAGUGUUUUAACCAAGGGACACUUAUAAGUAAUGUUGGCGGGAUAACUAGCUGGUUUAGCCGAGUUUAGGGCUGUAAACGUUAGAAGGAUAAGCUCCAUUAUGAAGCACGAUUCUUUCUCCAGGUCAAAGGACAGAGAUUCAAAACUGGACGGACAUAAAAGUGCAGCAUCUAAAAGUAAAAUUAAACCCACAUGUGAUGUUCUUCAGAGUAAACCUUUUAAAGGUAGAAUAUUUUACUUGGAUCUACCAUGGAAUAUGAAAACACAACUCUUGGAAAAUGACAUCAAAACACUUGGUGGUACAGUGGAAAAGUUCUUCAGUAAGGAGAUCAAAUAUCUUGUGUCCAGUAAGCCAGAGGCACGUUAUGCCCAGCGUCUCCUGCCCGACUCUCCUGCUCCCAGUCCAGAUUCAGGCGUCAGUUCCCCUCAUCCCAGCAGCAGGAGGGAAAGUCAUGGGCACAGGGGCAGUUCUCAGGGAGUCACAGAUAUGGCAGCUGUAAGUCGAGGGAAAUCGCUUGUGGAGAGAGUCGUUAAAGAACAAGAACGUGUUCAGAUGAAUGGGAUCUUGGCAAAUGCUGUGGAAUGGGGGGUCAAAGUCCUACAUGUUGAUGAUGUUAUUUCUUAUGUUGACAAGAAGAAAUCAAAAAUCAUUGCAGUGAAUGCAGCUAAUCCAGUGGUGAAAGGAGCUGCCAGCAUUCAGCACACAGAGAAAAUUCUAUAUCACAGGCACAAUGCUGGAAGAAUUUGUCGACCAUUUGUGAAAGUAGAAGACUCUAGCAGACAUUAUCGUCCCAUCUACCUUCCACUGUCCAACAUGCCUGUGUGCAACGUCCGGUCUCUUCCACCUUGCAGUCCGUUCCUGAUGGAUGAACAUGGAAAGGAUGAUCCAAAGAAGAGACACAAAGAGCAAAGGUCUGGAGGGGAACGAGGAGCCAGAGGAAAGAAAGAGAGGCGCAGAGGACAUGAAGGGAGAGAAAAGAGGAAAGGAGGGUACUGUGAGUGCUGUGGGGUCAAAUUCGAGAACCUAAAGGGGCACCUAGAGAGCAAGCAGCAUCAGGCUUUCUCUAAGAGUGAAGAGUACGGAGUUGUGGAUCGAGUCACUGCUGGACUGACUUGCAACCUUAUUAACAUUGGCACGCACUGCAGAAGGGUGAAAUGCAGUACGUCAACCCCUGUUCUGUGUGCUGGAGCCAUGUUGCCAGUAAAGGAAGAUGUGGGAUCUGUGAAUGGUGGUUGGAUGCAGGAAAGCGAGGGGUCUUUGCUUUGGAGCUCUACUACAAAGCUACCUCUCUUGGAACAGACCAGAGAAAAACCCCUGUCGGUUCGCAAGCGCAGCAGGGGCCAGUGUGAAUUGCCUCAGAGCAAUAGGGAUAACUUAUUUGACCAGUCUGACAUUCCGGAGAAGUCCCAGUCCAAGCGUGGAUCCUUUGAGUGGGAAUUUCACUCGCGGAAAUCUGAAGCUGCAUCUUUUCUCAGCAGAGAGCAGAACUGUGACUCUAAUGCACUUGAAUCCAGGACAGAUCAACAAACCAGGAAAAACCCUGACAUGCACACAGCCCAACAGUUUAGUGAAACAGAACGAGAAUUGUUAACAGGAAUUGAUUGCUUCAGGAGUAACUACUGUGAACUUAAUUCACAAAGUAUGCCAGAAAAUCAAGUCGGAAACUCUGCUUUUUGCCAUUUAACCUGUACAGAACCUGAACCGGACCUUGACAGCCCCACUAAUUCACUGCAACGAAAGGUUCGAAGUGUCAGAUCCAGAAGAAGAAAGCAAGCACCGACAUUGCACAUUGAAUCCAGUAAAGAGAGAGAAUCAUUGAGCUCUCUUUCACCUGUUAAACCUAUACAGGAGUGUGAGAACCCACCUGCUUCUCUCCUGGACCUCUGGCAGGUCUUUCAGUCCACUGACAACCUGGAUGAAGACUUUAAGGGUUUUUGUGAUGAGUAAGAGGAAUUGAACACAGAUGUAUGUUUUAAAAGUUUUUACUAUGCCAAAUAAUAUAUAUUAAUAAAUCAGUUGUCUUUCAUUAGUACAAUGGAAUACUGCAUUUUCACCAUAGAGCCUUAAAAAGAAAAUUUCUAGGCUGAAAAUAAACUUACUGACUAUAUACUGGAAAAAUGAGUGGAUAUGCACAGUAAGUAUGUACAGUUGUGGGGUGGAUGUAGUGGAAUGAUAUAACAGCAAGAGAUUGUCUGUUCUGGUUCCUGUAUUAAAUUGCAAAUAUUUUUUACAAUA